GGAGUGGGACAUGGGAGGAUCUUAUAUUUAGCUGACGCCAUGGCAACAGAGGCUAAAAUAAUCUGUUAAGGGCUUGGGACAAAUAAGAAUUAAGACUGUCUGAACUUAAAAUGUAACGGCUACCGUUAAAGGUUAAACGCUGGAGCUCGGGUCAUGUCUUCCGAUCACUCAGCGUCACUGGCGGGGACUCACGGCCUCCUACGCGGCCAGCGCACCCGGUCCUACGGCAGCCUCGUGUCCUCUUCAUUAUCACCCGUUAGACAAAGACGAAUUAAACAUAAAGUUCAGCCCGGUGAGACUUUGCAAGGACUAUCACUGAAAUAUGGCGUGUCUAUGGAGGAAAUAAAAAGGGCAAACAGACUGUACACAAAUUAUUCAAUGUUCCUGAAGGAGUCCCUCUUCAUCCCCGUGCUGACAGAGUCUGUGUCUUUCACAAAUGGAGUGGAAUUGACCGAGGACGAAGCAAGUCCAGCAGCACAAAUACACACAGAGAUUUCUAAUGAGAUCCCCAAAAGCCAAACAGACUCUAGAUGUGAAGCGAAUGCUGAUCUGUCACCAGUGGAAUACCUGAAAAAGAUAGACAGCUUGAUCAGUCAGUCCAAACAAGCAGCUGUGAAGACCUGCCAAGAGGGAGAGAAACACUGAGUCGUUCAACAAGUAUGAGCUCAAUGGAAGAACCAUGAGUCAUAUGACUUGGGGUUCCAGUGAGCAUCAGCUGAUAAAUUACACCGGAAAAAAAAAAAUUGGUGUGGAAUUUAAGGCAAGUUCACACCAAGGACGAUACUACGAUUAAGAUAUAGUAAGUCCUGAAUUGAGAGUCCACACCUAAACUAUAAUGAUAACAGCACAGAGGAACGAUAUUGUUG